AUGUCGAUCCAAGCACUGAACCCCGACUUUGUCUUGCUGGUUAAAUACCCCACGCAGGACGGCAAGGCUACCCAGCAGGCCGACCGUGACCUCCAACAGUUGACGGAAACCUUGCACAGUGCCGGCUUCACCACCCAGGCCAGACCUGAUGGCCCUCAAUUGUUGGUGUUCGCCAAAUUGGGCUCCAAGUAUCUCCAAUUGGCAGAAGAAGACGUCAUCAAGAACUACGAGUUUGGUGUUACCACCAAGAACGACACCUCUGCCGACCGUGCCAGAAUCAUCCACCAGUUCUUGACUAGCAAAAAACAGGUUGGCGGCCUUGAAAUCACCCCCACCAAGGGGAAAUGGGCAUUUGUCAACGCCAUUGUCCCGGUGGCCGGCGACUUGAACGAGUCCUCGGUGUCUCAAAAGGCCGUGGCCAUCUUUUCGGACUCCAGACUCACCACAAACUCCAUCAAGGAAAAGUACGGGGUAAACGUGGCUCUCUACUUCGAGUUCCUCAAGUUCUACACCAUUUGGCUUGUCUACUUGUCCGUGUUUGGUCUCAUCUCCUACUUCAAGGCGAAGAAGACCUUUUCCUUGACCUACGCGUUUGUCAAUUUGGUCUGGGGAACCCUUUUCAUCACCUUAUGGAACAGAAAGGAGCAAUACUUGGUCAAUUUCUGGGGGGUGCAAAACUCUCACUUGGUUGAAGAGAAUAACGCAAAGUUGGCCCGUUUGAAUAAGACUUCAAACGCAAAGGCCGACACCGGAGCCUCCAGAUUUGUGAAGCAAUUGUCUUUUAUUCCAGUUGCAUUAGGUUUCACUGCUGUCUUGGUUGCCUAUCAAUUGUCUUGCUUUGUCUUGGAAAUUUUCUUGUCUGAGAUUUAUGACGGUCCAGGUAAAAUAUUCUUGACCUUGUUACCUACUGUGUUGAUCUCAGUAUUUGUGCCAAUUUUGACAAUUGUCUACAACACUGUUACUAGUGCUGUUAUUGCCUGGGAAAAUCACGACAACGAGUACAGUCGUAACAAUUCUAUCUUGAUCAAGACGUUCGUAUUGAACUUUUUAACUAGCUACAUGCCUUUGAUUAUUACCUCAUUCAUUUACUUGCCUUUUGCCCAUUUGAUCGAAUUCCACUUGGGUGACAUCAAGAACACUAUUACUGCUAGAAUUAGUCAGGAUCGUUUCUACUACAAGUAUAUUACUCAAUUGAAAAGACAAGAAGAAUUUCAAAUUAAUCAAGGAAGACUUAGUGCUCAGUUCUUUUAUUUCAUCGUUACAAAUCAAAUUAUUCAGGUCAUCCUUAAGUAUGUCUUACCCAUUGUGCUCAGCAAGGGUAUUGCUGUUGUGAAGUCGACUAUCGCUGGUUCGCCUGAGGUUAAGAUUGAAGAUAGAGAAGACGAAAAGGAUUGGUUAUCUAAAGUCCGUGUUGCAUUAACUUUACCUGCAUACAAUGUUAAUGAUGACUUCAGAGGAGUCAUCUUGCAAUACGGUUACUUGAUCCUCUUCGGUACUGUUUGGCCCUUGGCCCCAAUCAUUGCUAUUGUGUUCAACGUGUUGACUUUCAAGUUGGACCUCUUGAAAUUGUCUAGCGGCCAUUACUUCAGACCAACUGUUCAACAAAGAGUAGACUCUAUUCACCCAUGGAACUAUGCUUUAUUUAUAUUAACAUGGAUAGGAUCUGUGAUCUCCCCGGUCGUCACGGCCCUCUAUCGUCAUGGCACUGCUCCACCAAAGACAUUGGGGCAAUUUGCUUUGGAUAAAGCCAGCACUAAUGUUUCCAGUGCUGCCCAGUUGAUUUUGAUCUUAUUUGCUGCUGAACAUGGAUUCUUAAUUUUAUAUUUCACCUUCGCUAAGAGUGCCUCCUUGUUCAAGAGCCAAGCUGAGUUGGAAAAUGAUUUUGUGGAGAAUGACAUCAAGUUAAGACGUGAAUAUUACGCUGGCAAAGUCAAG